GUCUUCUUCCGGGUGCGACCAAAGCCAGUGUGGUGUGUCCGUUGAAUUUCUCACGGAUGCUAUUUUCCUUACCCUCCUCAUAUUAUGUUCGAGCGCUCUUGGUGCUAUAUAUGAGAGGUUCGAAGAUCUUCCUACUCAGAAUUUUGACUUCAUUAUCAUCGGAGGAGGAGCUGCGGGGAAUGUUCUUGCAAACCGUUUGACAGAGAAUAGUCACGUCUCCGUGCUCGUACUUGAAGCUGGCGGAUCGUCUGUCCUCCUCUAUAUGCUUCGGCUUUUAAUGCUGACUCUUCUCUAG